AUGAGCCAAUCUACUCAAAAAACUCCAAAGUUAUCUUUGAAACAAACUUUUAUACGAAUAAUCGGUUCUUCAUUGCUUAAUCGAUUGGUGUUUCUCUCUACUUUAGUACUUGUUCCUGUAGGAUAUAUAGUGUUCUUUCUUAGUUCGAAUUCAAUAUUAGUUUUUGUAAUAAAUUCAUUAGCAAUUAUAUCAUCAGCUAAAUUGCUGACGUUUGCGAGUAAUGGAAUUUCGUACCAAUUGUUUAGAAAUUACCAAAAUGUAAUACAUAGUAAUUUGCUUGAAUUUAAUUUUGUGGAAUUAAUAAUAACUAUAAAUGCAUUGAAGGAAGGUCAAAUUCUCGUUGUUCAAGCAGCAGUGAUAGGGUCUAUAUGCUCUCAGAUUCUACUUGUAUUUGGAUUUUGUAUUUUGGUUGGAGGUAUUAAUAUUCUUGGAAAAAAAUACAUUGAAAAAAGACAUACUGAAAAAAAACAGCCUGAACUUGAAAUCGAGUUUAGCUCAGUAAUAGCGCAAAUGGGUUCUAGUGUAUUGACAUUGGCGUGUAGUACUCUAGUUUUAUCUGCUGCUUUUAGUCUUUUUGCCGCUAAAACUUCUAGCAAUAUUAUCGGGAACAGAACUAACGGAAAAGAAUUUAUAAGUCUUGGAGCAUCAUUAGUUUUGCUAGCUAUAAUGAUAGUGAUUAUUGUUUUUUCAGCAAAGUAUCUUGUAAAAUCAAUCGAAGGAAUUGUGGCACUUCAUGGCAUAAGUAAAACAUUCAUUGGUUUGGUCUUACUACCGAUAGUUGGUCACGGUGCUAAGUAUGCACUCUUUGAUGAUAAUACUCAAUCUGAUGAUAAUUCUAAAAUUAAAAUACAACAAGCUAUUAUAAUUUCUUUUGAAAGUUCAAUUCAAACCGCGUUAUUGAUUAUUCCAAUCUUAGUGAUUGUGGGAUGGAUUAUUAAUCAGCCUAUGUCUUUGUCUUUUUCACCAUUUGAAACCAUUUGCUUAUUUAUUGCAAUUUUGCUCAAUAAUUACUUAGUUCAACCUCAUGGAAGCAUAGUGAAUAUUUCAUUAAGCAAUUUGGUAGAAUUUAUAAUAACAAUAAAUGCAUUGGUGAACGGUCAAAUUCGUGUUGUCCAAGCAGCAAUGUUGGGAUCUAUAUUCUCUCAGAUCCUACUUGUAUUGGGAUUUUGUUUCUUAUUUGGAGGAAUUAAUGUUAUUAGAGAAAGUAAAGGAAUAAUACUUGAACAAAGUUUUAGUUCAACAGUAGCACAAAUGAGUUCUAGUGUGUUGACAUUGGCGUGUAGUACUCUAAUUUUAUCUGCUGCGUUUAGUUUUUUUGCCACUACAACUUCUAGCAAUCCUAUCGAAAAACCACACAUAAGCAUCAUAGCAUCAUUAGCUUUGCUAGUUGUAAUGACAGCGAUUAUUGCUUUGUCAGCAAAGUUUCUUAUAAAGUCAAUCGAAGGACUUGUUACUUCUCUUGACAUAAGUAGAAGUUUUAUUGGGUUGAUUUUAUUACCAAUAGUUGGCCAUGGUGCUAAGUAUAUACUCUCUACUAAAGCUGCACGCAAAAAUGAAAUGAAUAGAGCUAUUAUAAUUUCUGUUGGAAGUUCGACUCAAACCGCUUUACUUAUUACCCCACUCUUGGUGAUUGUGGGAUGGAUUAUUAAUCAGCCUAUGUCUUUGUUUUUUUCAUCAUAUGAAACCAUUUAUGGUAAAUCGAAUUGGUUAGAAGGAGUAUUGUUAUUAGCAACUUACACGAUAGUGGCCCUAUCAUUUUUCUAUUAUCCAGAUCUUUAA